AUGCCAAGGAGCAACACCCCCGACCGUCGUCCUCCCCUCGCCAGCUCCGUCUCGGCCCCUAAUAUAUUUUGCCGUCCGAUGGAGCCCGGCCCGGCGCCGGUAGUGUACAUCAACGGCUGGAAUGGCGUCGGAAAGGAAACGGUAGCUGAGUAUCUGACGCUUUUACUUGGCAAUGACAACGCACUGCUCGUUGACGUCCGCAGCGUUGGUCGGGAAACUGCUAGCAGCAGCUCUUGUUGCGGUGGUGGCCACACGUCCAAGCACAAACACCGCCGCCGGCACGAACACCACCCCCUCUUGACUCCCGAACAUCCCCGUUACUUCUCACCCGACCUCGAUGCCGACGCCCACGACUUCAGCCCCUUACCGUCGCCGUCCUUCUCAACCUUCUCUUUCUCACCGCCCCCUUCCCGCUCCGCCUCCUUCUCCUCCUCCUCCACCGCCACCACAUCCACCUCUUACACCUCGACAACCCCAACCACCACCAAACCCUCCUCAACCAUCCCCUCCGACAAAAACAAAACCCUCUCCCCAACCCACAACCACCACCACCCACUACCACCCCCGCCUGCAGCCGCUCCCGCACCGGCUCCUACAACCACAACCGCAACCACAUCCCCCACCCCUCCCUACCACACCCACACCCACACCCACACCCACGACCCCGACCCCAACCCCAACCCCAACCCCACCCCGCCCUGCAGCAGCGAGAACCUCACCGCUCUGCUCACCCGCCCGUCCAACGGCGCGCGCAUAGCCGUGCUGCCAGCCUGCUGCCCGGACACGGCGGCGGGGCGGGCGGCGUUGCGUACCUUUGAGGCGGCUGCUGCGCGGGCGGGGCGGUUGUUUAUUGGGGUUGUGCUGCGGUGUAGGGAGGGGGGUGGGGGUGCUGGUUGUGGCGGUGGUGGUGGUGGUUGUGGGAGUGGGACUGGGAGUGGUGGUGGGGUGGGGAGGAGGGUUGGGUUGAAUACGGGUGUUGGUGGUGGUGGUGGUGGUGGUGUUGGCAUGGGUGGAGGUGCGGUUGUGCCGGUGGGAAGGGUGGCUGCUGCGAGAGGGAGGGUGGCUAGUGUGGGGAGGUUGGACUCGGUUUUGAUGUCGUCGUUUUCGGCAUCUUCGCUGUCGUCUGGCCGGCGUUCGGGUGAGGGUGAGGCAGCGGCGGAGGACGGAGAAAAGGGUGAUGGCGAUGAUCGCAACGGCGGCGGUGGAGGACAGAAAGGGUUGAUGACUGCGUCUUUUCUAGGAGAGGACACGAGAGGGUAUCAGGAGGCGAGGGGGAGGCGGUUCAGUUUGUCUGGUACUGAAACCGAGACUGGUGAUGGGACUGGGGCUGGGACCGGGACCGAGGUAGGUGUUUGUUGGGUUCGUCGUUGGGAGCCCGACUUGGGCCUCGCUAGGCCCACGAAGGCUGGGCUGACCGUUGAUGCCUCAUGUCUGCCACCAUUCGAGGUGGCGUUGCAAAUUAUCGAGUUCGUCAAGGGGCUACAGGCCGAGAAGGAUGCUGAACUGUGCAGCAGUAUUUGUAGUGCUGCCACGGCACCCGCGGAAGGGCCAGAAGGGGGGGGGAAGCGAGACCAACCAGACCUGAGAGCCACACCGGUCACGAAGCCACACCGCCUCCAAGGGCACAAGACCAGGGCGGGGUCGUCUGUCGACCGUUGGCUGUACCCCAGAAUCGUCACCCACCAGUUGCCCAACGACCACGACCUUCCAGCAGCCCUGCGCCGGAUUAGGGGGCGGAACGACACCCCCGGCACGGCAUCUCGCAGAUUCACCCACGAUAGCCGCAGGAAGGCCCCCAGGUUACGCUACGGGUGCAGUAGACGAGUGGGGAGCAUGGCCGGGGAAGGUGUCUACAUGAGCCGGAUCUUGGCUAUGACAGGGGCGCGUGUCAUGUAA